AUGUUGCUUUUUGCCGAUAUGUUCAAACGCUCAUUCGUAUCCAAGGACCGGGCGGGAAAGACCGUCAAGGUUGCCAGAAAGAAGUACACCGAGCAGGCAAAAGAAAAGAUGAAGCAGAAAGCAGAAAGUUCCUCGAUCGGAAGUCCUCUUACGAGCCCCAUCAUAACAAUAAUUGUGGGUCGGGAUCGACGUUUGUUCGCCGCCCAUGAGGAUGUACUUUCUGUAUCAUCGUACUUUAGCUCUGCUCUUGAGCUGGAGAACGGCGAGAAGCAACUGAACUUACCUGAAGAAGAGCCCGAGAUUCUGUCCUGCGUUCUCGAGUUUUUGUACAAGGGCGAUUAUUUCCCCCGCUUGCUUCAUGGCAAGCGUCGACACUCUUGGUCUCUCGAAAACGCCGAGGAUAUCAACGAAACCGGUGGCCGCGGGUCGAGUGAGGCGACAAUGUUCCACUCUGGAGUUGGAGAUAUUGUUCUCCGGGACACGGUGGUAUACUGUGCUGCCGAGAAGUACGACUUGGAAGGACUCAAGCGCCUAGCUCUUCGAAAGCAGGGGUUGCAAAGUGGAAUUCCAGCCGAUGUCAUUCUGCGAUCCGCUCGAUAUGCAUAUGACCACACUCCCGAAUCCGAUUCCCGACUGCGCGCUCAUUAUCUGGCUCUAAUAAUCCGGAGUCGAAAGACUUUCAAGCAAAGCGGGACACUACAGAUGGAAAUGGAGAAAGGUGGCACGUUGUUUUUUGACCUGUUUGUGGCAAUGUGCAACCACAUGGACGACCUUUCAGCGCUGCGGUAUGAUUCAUUCCCUAUCUUGAUUCCACCUUCGCCCUCGCCCUUUCCCUCACCCUCUUCUUCGCUCUACUCCCCUACCAUGGACGCUCCUUUACAUCAUCAGUCCAUUUAA